AUGGCAUCACGGAACGUUGCUCCUCCGGUUCUACUGUCCGAAACGGCGGCGAAAGAGGUGAUGAUAACGUGGUUUCGAGGGGAGUUCGCGGCGGCGAACGCCAUAAUCGAUGCGCUGUGCGGACACCUGAUACAGAUAUCAGCGGCGGAGGAAUGCUACUCGGGAGUGAUGGCAGCGAUUCAUCGGCGGAGGAUGAACUGGAUCCCACUGCUCCAGAUGCAGAAGUUCCAUUCUAUCUCCCAAGUCACGCUCCACCUCCAAUCUGCCACCACCAAAAUGAUGAUGAUGAAGCACGGUCAUGAUGAUGAUCAUGAUGAGGAGGAGGAGACCAUAUGUUGCAACCACGAACAAGAAUGUGAUCAAUCCCUCUUGAAGCUCUCCAAGCGUUUCUCCGCCAAGGAACAUGUUAGAGGACAUACGACGAAUGUUGUCAAAGGGCUUAAACUCUACCAACAUGUCUUCUCUGCAACUCAACUCUCCAAGCUUUCUGAUUAUGUGAAUGGGCUCCGAGAGGCUGGUCGGAAUCACGAGCUUCCAGGGGAGACGUUUGUUCUGUUCAACAAGAACUCCAAAGGAACCAAAAGAGAGCUUAUUCAGCUUGGAUUUCCCAUUUUCGGCAACACCACGGACCAACACUCCGUGGCACCUAUCCCAAUCCUUCUUCAAAGUGUGAUCGAUCAUCUUCUUCAGUGGCGCCUUAUUCCUGAUUACAAACGACCCAAUGGCUGUGUGAUCAACUUCUUUGACGAGGAGGAACACUCCCAACCAUUCCAGAAACCACCUCACGUGGACCAACCCAUAUCCACUCUUGUCUUGUCUGACUCAACCAUGGUGUUUGGACACAGGCUCGGGGUCGAUAAUGAUGGCAACUUCAGAGGCUCACUCACUCUCCCACUAAAGCAAGGGUCGUUGCUGGUCAUGAGAGGUAACAGUGCAGAUAUGGCUAGGCACGUAAUGUGUCCAUCACCAACCAAAAGAGUCGCAAUCACCUUCUUUAAACUCAAACCAGACUCCUGUAAGGUCCAGCCGCCGCCGCCAACCACUAACCCAGUCACCCUAUGGCGACCAGACACGCCGCCUCUAAACCCAUACAGCAUGGUCAGAGCUCCAAUGGUGAUGCUAUCUCCGUACCCCAAGAGGCUAGACGCCGGCACUGGAGUUUUCUUGCCGUGGACACCGCCAGUACUGUCAAGAAAACCAGCCAAGCAUCUCCCGCCGCGCGUCCAGAGGCUGCGUCUCCUCUCAUCAGCCAAGUCGGUGGCAGAUCGUGAAUCCUCGUCGCCCGAGAUCGGAGUGGCGAGCUGAGUCGGAAGCUGGCACACACACACGUUUUUUUUUUUUUUUUUUU